GCCCGGCUGCAGGUUGUUGAGCCACUGAUGGGACGAUCCAGGGACCCGCGGCCACGAGAGAAAUGUUUAAAUGUUCAGUAAAUUGGAGGAAGAAAACAUGGAUAUUUAACAACUGAAAACCACAUUAAGGAUUCGGAUUUGGGAUACUGGUGUUUCUGUUUUGAGGAAUAUUUCUUUUUGGGUUUUUCCUUUUUUUUUUUUUUAAUCAUUGGUCUUGGAAUACACAAGAGCCAGAAACCAGAAACACUUGCUGUGAUUCACGUUUGAAACACUCGCUCGGAGGCCCGCUCACGCCGACUUCCCAGCCAUGUGGCCAGCACAGCUCCUCGUCCUCAUGAUGCUCUUAGCACCAGUAGUUCACGCCUUCAGCCGAGCCCCCAUCCCGAUGGCGGUGGUCCGCAGGGAGCUGUCCUGCGAGAGCUACCCCAUAGAGCUCCGCUGCCCGGGAACGGACGUCAUCAUGAUCGAGAGUGCCAACUACGGGAGGACCGACGACAAAAUAUGCGACUCUGACCCCGCUCAGAUGGAGAACAUACGAUGCUAUCUGCCAGAUGCCUAUAAGAUUAUGUCUCAAAGGUGCAAUAACAGAACCCAGUGCGCAGUCGUGGCAGGUCCUGAUGUCUUUCCAGACCCAUGCCCGGGGACCUAUAAGUACCUUGAAGUGCAGUACGAAUGUGUUCCUUACAAAGUGGAACAAAAAGUUUUUCUCUGUCCUGGACUACUAAAAGGAGUGUACCAGAGUGAACAUUUGUUUGAGUCCGACCACCAGUCUGGGGCAUGGUGCAAAGACCCUCUGCAGGCUUCUGACAAGAUUUAUUAUAUGCCCUGGACCCCUUACAGAACUGAUACCCUGACUGAGUACUCAUCCAAGGAUGACUUCAUUGCUGGAAGGCCAACUACAACCUACAAGCUCCCUCACCGGGUGGAUGGCACCGGAUUUGUAGUUUACGACGGAGCUUUGUUCUUCAACAAAGAGCGCACCAGGAACAUAGUCAAGUUUGAUUUGCGGACUAGGAUAAAGAGUGGAGAGGCUAUCAUAGCAAACGCCAACUACCACGAUACCUCCCCCUACCGAUGGGGGGGCAAAUCGGACAUAGACCUGGCCGUGGAUGAGAACGGGCUGUGGGUCAUCUAUGCAACAGAACAGAACAACGGUAAAAUUGUCAUUAGUCAGUUGAACCCUUACACCCUCCGGAUUGAAGGGACGUGGGACACGGCAUAUGAUAAACGGUCGGCUUCCAACGCGUUUAUGAUCUGUGGGAUUCUGUAUGUGGUGAGGUCUGUAUAUGAGGAUGACGACAACGAGGCCACAGGGAACAAGAUUGACUACAUUUACAACACCGACCAAAGUAAGGACAGCAUGGUGGACGUACCCUUUCCCAACUCAUACCAGUACAUAGCGGCCGUGGAUUACAACCCCAGGGACAACCUGCUUUACGUGUGGAAUAACUAUCACGUCGUGAAAUAUUCUUUGGAUUUUGGACCUCUGGAUAGUAGAUCAGGGCAGGCACAUCACGGCCAGGUCUCCUACAUCUCUCCACCAAUUCACCUUGACUCUGAGCUAGAAAGGCCUCCUGUUAGAGAAAUUUCUACCACAGGCCCUUUUGGCAUGGGGAGCACCACCACCAGUACCACCCUGCGCACGACCACCUGGAGCGCAGGCAGGAGCACCACCCCGUCCGUGUCGGGGAGGAGAAACCGGAGCACCAGCGCCCCGUCUCCAGCUGUUGAGGUGCUUGAUGACAGUACCACGCACCUGCCGCCAGCGUCAUCCCAGAUCCCAGCUCAGGAGGAGAGCUGCGAGGCCGUGGAGGCCCGAGAGAUCAUGUGGUUUAAGACCCGCCAGGGACAGGUGGCGAAGCAGCCAUGCCCCGCGGGAACUAUCGGAGUGUCAACUUAUCUGUGCCUGGCUCCUGAUGGAAUCUGGGAUCCCCAAGGACCAGAUCUUAGCAACUGUUCUUCUCCUUGGGUUAACCACAUAACACAGAAGUUGAAAUCUGGAGAGACAGCUGCCAACAUUGCUAGAGAGCUGGCUGAACAGACAAGGAGUCAUUUGAAUGCUGGGGACAUCACCUACUCUGUCCGGGCCAUGGAUCAGCUGGUAGGCCUCCUAGACGUACAGCUCCGGAACUUGACCCCAGGGGGAAAAGAUAGCGCCGCACGCAGUUUGAACAAGCUUCAGAAAAGGGAGCGCUCUUGCAGAGCCUAUGUCCAGGCCAUGGUCGAGACAGUGAACAACCUCCUGCAGCCCCAAGCCUUGAACGCGUGGAGAGACCUGACUACGAGCGAUCAGCUCCGUGCAGCCACCAUGCUGCUGGACACGGUGGAGGAAAGCGCUUUCGUGCUGGCCGAUAACCUUUUGAAGACUGACAUUGUCCGGGAGAACACAGACAAUAUUCAGUUGGAAGUUGCAAGGCUGAGCACAGAAGGAAACUUGGAAGACUUAAAAUUUCCAGAGACUGUGGGUCAUGGAAGCACCAUCCAGCUUUCUGCAAAUACUUUAAAGCAGAAUGGCCGAAAUGGAGAGAUCAGAGUGGCUUUUGUUUUAUAUAAUAACCUGGGUCCUUAUUUGUCCACGGAGAAUGCCAGCAUGAAGUUGGGAACAGAAGCUAUGUCCACCAAUCAUUCUGUCAUUGUCAAUUCCCCUGUUAUUACUGCAGCAAUAAACAAAGAAUUCAGUAAUAAGGUUUAUUUGGCUGAUCCUGUGGUAUUCACUGUUAAACAUAUUAAGCAGUCUGAGGAAAAUUUCAACCCCAACUGUUCAUUUUGGAGCUAUUCCAAGCGCACAAUGACAGGUUAUUGGUCAACACAAGGCUGUCGGCUCCUGACAACAAAUAAGACACAUACUACAUGCUCUUGUAACCACCUAACCAAUUUUGCAGUACUGAUGGCACAUGUGGAAGUUAAGCACAGUGAUGCGGUCCACGACCUUCUUCUGGAUGUGAUCACGUGGGUUGGAAUUUUGCUGUCCCUUGUUUGUCUCCUGAUCUGCAUCUUCACAUUUUGCUUUUUCCGCGGGCUCCAGAGUGACCGCAACACCAUCCACAAGAACCUCUGCAUCAGUCUCUUUGUAGCAGAGCUGCUCUUCCUGAUUGGGAUCAACCGCACUGACCAACCGAUGUUGGCUCCGACUUGACACCUACUUCAUUUGGAGUUUUAUAGGACCAGCGACCUUGAUAAUUAUGCUUAAUGUAAUCUUCCUUGGGAUUGCUUUAUAUAAAAUGUUUCAUCAUACGGCCAUUCUGAAACCUGAAUCGGGCUGUCUUGAUAAUA